AUGCUUCCUUUAACCUCAACACACUGCAAACCUUAAACUCAUUCAUUAGCUUCCCCAAAACCUGCUAAAACAACCCUGUCAACCUCAAAAAUCUUCACUUAGCCAAAUGAAAGUACUACCACUAGUUAAUCACCCCCCUUAACCAAACUGUACUACCAGACUAGCAGUUCUCAUAUCUGUACUACUACUACUACUUUCAAUGUUUGUCCAAAACCCCUAGAUCUGUCCCCCUAUCAGGUGCAGCUUUUUUAUUGUGAAGUGGUUAAGUUGGAAGAGAGGGUCAAUUUGGGAUUUCAUUUUUGGGUGGAGAUGAGUGAGGCAAGGCCACCUUUCACGGUUGUGCAGUGGCAAGAAUUGGAGCAUCAAGCUAUGAUAUACAAGUAUUUGGUGGCUGGUAUACCUGUGCCUAUGGAUCUUGUUGUGCCUAUACGACGUAGUUUUGAACCUAUCUCUGCAAGCUUCUUUCAUCAUCCUAGCUUGGCUUAUUGUUCCUAUUAUGGGAAGAAGUUCAAUCCCGAGCCAGGAAGGUGUAGAAGGACAGAUGGAAAGAAGUGGAGGUGCGCCAAAGAUGCAUAUCCUGACUCAAAAUAUUGCGAGCGGCACAUGAACCGAGGCCGCAACCGUUCAAGAAAGCAUGUGGAAUCUCAAUCGGCUUCUCAGUCCUUGUUGACUAGUAUGUCGCAGAAUAUUACCGGGAGCAGCAAAACAAGCGGGAUUUUCCAACGUAGCAGCAGUGGAAGCUUCCAGAACACGCCACUAUAUUCUGCUGCUAAUUCAGAAGGACUGAGUUAUGGAAGCGCCACACCGAAAAUGCAGAUGGAGCCUGUCUCCUAUGGGAUAGAUAACAAGGCGUACAGGUAUUUCCAUGGAACGGCUCCUGAAGCUGAUGAGCAGAAUUUCUCUCUAGAAGCUUCAGCAGGCAUGAGAAGUUUAGGCAUGGGAUCUAACACAGACAACACAUGGUGUCUGAUGCCUCCACAACUUCUUUCAAGCCCCAUGGUGAAACCAAAAAAUGAUUCUCAGUUGCUGGAUAGCUCGCCACAAAUACAAAUGCCUAACCCAUUUGAGCCUGUGAAUGAUGCAACUAUUUCAACACAGCAACACCAACAUUGCUUUUUCAGCAGUGACAUAGGCUCUCAUGGGACAGCAAAACAGGAGCAACGUUCAAUGCGCCCUUUCUUUGACGAAUGGCCUACAACUAAGGAAUCAUGGUCCAAUCUUGAUGACGAGGGAUCCAACAAAAAUAAUUUCUCCACUACUCAGCUAUCCAUAUCCAUUCCUAUGGCUCCUUCUGACUUCUCUUCAAGGAGUUCGUGUUCCACAAAAGAUGCUUGAGGAUGCUGCCAUUGCAAUAAGCUGUUUCCAGUGCUGUGUGGAGGAAUAGUUAUGCUAGUCAAUUUCUCAUCAGUACGAGUCAAGUGGAUGGACCCGGCCUCGGAUGUCAAAGUAACCUAUGUACUUUAUUAAGUUGCUGGAGAAUCCCGAUACCAUUGCUUGUCUGUGUGGUGGAUUUUCAACACUCUUUUUAAGUGAGAUGGUUUGCAAGACAAAUGCAGCCCAAGUUUUGCUAUAUAAAGAAAAUAGAUAAAUGCAUGUCUUCACUUUCUGGGAUCCAGUUUAAGCGAUUGCAAAUCAUGUAAUGUACGUUUCAAAUAAGGAUGAUAUCAUAGGUACAAGUUCUUAUUAGGUGUUCUUGUGUAAACAUCAUCCUAUGCUUGAGUGUUCUUUAUUGGGUUGUCAUCUUUAUAAUAAUAUAUAAGAGCGUAUAAAUACUGUUUCAAAAAAAUAGUUAUACUGAUACGGCGUUGUGAUGUAUAUUUGUACAAAUUUCUAU